AGCUGCCCUCCCUUCCGUCAAAACCCGCGGAACCGUACGCCGCAGUUCCCUUCCUUCCUUGCUUUUCUCCUUUCAGCCGGCACUUCUCAGAGCAAUUCAUCCCUCUGUCGAGCUCUCAAACUGAGCCCAAAACCCUAAUUCAGAACUGAAACAGCUCCUCCGACUGCUCUGCUGCUGCUGCCGCUGCUUCUGCCUCCGCCGAUGACGGACCUCUCCGAAGAAGCCAAGCACAUCGAGAAGCUCUACGAGUUCGGGGAGCGCCUCAAUGAGUCCAAGGACAAAUCUCAGAAUGUGAAGGACUAUCAGGGGAUAAUCGAUGCAGCCAAAUCAAGUAUCAAAACGAAGCAAUUGGCCGCACAGUUAAUCCCAAGAUUCUUCAAGUUCUUCCCUGACCAGUCCGGACCUGCUCUGGAGCGCCACCUUGAUCUACUUGAGGAAGAGGAUCUUGGGGUUCGAGUGCAAGCAAUUCGAGGGCUUCCGCUAUUUUGCAAGGACACUCCUGAAUAUGUCCCUAAAAUUGUUUACAUUCUCGUGCAGCUCCUUGCAGCUGAGGAUUUUGUUGAGCGGGAUGCUGUACAUAAGGCCAUUAUGUCAUUGUUGAGGCAAGAUGUGAAAGCCUCCUUGACAACCCUGUUUGGUCGGAUUGCAAACGUGGAUGAGCCUAGUACUGAUGAACUAAUACGAGAGAAGAUUUUAAGCUUUAUUCGGGAUAAGGUCUUCCCAGCAAAAGCUGAGCUUUUGAAACCUCAGGAGGAGAUGGAGAGACAUAUAACUGACUUGAUUAAAAAGAGCUUGGAAGAUGUAACUGGAGCAGAAUUUAGAAUGUUCAUGGACUUCUUGAAAAGUCUAAGUCUUUUUGGCGAUAAGGCGCCACCUGAGCGCAUGAAAGAGCUUGUUGGACUUAUUGAAGCACAGGCAGACUUGGAUGCUCAGUUCACAGUCUCUGAUGCCGAUCACAUUGACCGUUUGAUAUCAUGCUUGUUCAUGGCUCUUCCAUUUUUCAUUAGAGGCGCUUCAAGUAGCAAGUUUCUCAACUAUUUGAACAAGGACGUCCUACCAGUUUUUGAUAAGCUUCCAGAGGAGCGAAAGCUGGACUUGCUCAAAGCCCUUGCUGAGAUUUCACCCUACACAACACCCCAAGAUUCACGUCAAAUUCUUUCUCCUAUUGUUCAGCUUUUGAAGAAAUACAUGCCUGGGAGAAAGACUGGAGAUGAGAUGAACUUUACAUACGUCGAGUGUCUCUUAUAUGCAUUUCACCAUUUGGCUCACAAGGCUCCAAAUGCAACAAAUAGUCUGUGUGGUUACAAAAUAGUUACUGGCCAGCCAUCCGAUAGGCUUGGAGAGGACUUCACAGAACAUUAUAAGGAGUUUAUUGAAAGGUUGAAUGUAGUUGAGGAGCUGACCAGGGCUACCAUGAAAAAAUUAACUCAGGGAAUGGCUGAGCACAACAAAGCUAUGGCAUCUGCUAAGACUGAGGAUGAGAAGAACACAGUUAAAACCCAGAAGCAGAAUGCCACAUCUGGACUGCGAACUUGCAACAAUAUUCUUGCUAUGACAAAGCCUUUACAUUCCAAGACACCUUCAUUCAUUGGAGACAAAAGCAUCACCUUGUCCUGGAAAGAGGCCACAAAAGCUUCGGCGCCUGCUGCGACUAACGUGCCUGGAGGCAAACGACCUGCUAGUGCAGUGAAUGGUUCUAAUAACACGGCAUCUAAAAAGGGCCGUGGAGCAGGUGGGAUGCAAAAUCAGCUUGUUAACAGGGCACUUGAAGGCUUGUCUCAAGGUGGAAGAGGCGGUAUGAGGGGAAGAGGGAGGGGUUGGGGUGGAAGAGGAAGGGGAAGAGGCUAUCGGUAGUCCCACUUGUUUUUUGCAGAAGUAUGGGACAAAUCAGAUAUCCAUCAAAACCCGAAAAGUUUGGACUGUCAGUGGAAGCUGCUGAUGUGUUUGAGUUCUAUUGUGGGCAGAGUCUGGUUCAGUAUGUGAACCAGACAUAUAUCGUUUGUAGAAUUGAUUCGGAGCUGGACUAACUUAACUGAUUGUAUCAAUUCUGGCAGAUUCUUAGAUUUGUCGUUUGAUAGGAUCCCAAUUUUCCUUUGAUGUUAGGUGAAUGGAGGGAGUUGUUUAUAUGUUUUUUGUAACUUUGAAGUGAGUGAUCGAUUGUUGAUUUGUAGCCACUCCCGUCUUCUAAUUCAUAAAAGUAGACGGUUUUUUUUUUUUUCC